AUGGAACCAUUUGUGAAUUUCGCAAGGUUCUGGGGACUUUGGCCGCAAAGUCUCAGGCGAUCAUCACCAGGAAUAAGCAUUCCAAGUCUUUUGUGGUAUUUUGUAAUCGUCGCGAUUUAUAUUUACGUUAUCUACAUAAAUCUCGACAAGAAAUUCUGGAUGUCAUUUAUCGAAGUGCUUAAUUGUGAUUAUCAAGUGUAUGGCACUUGGCUUCAAAUUCUCUCAAGUCUCAUGAUAAGCUUAAUAUCAAUAUUAAUGACUUUGUUCACAUUCCGUAAAAUUUGGACACUUUUUGAAAUGAUAGUUGACGUCGACAUCAUUUUGAACAAGGACUUUAGUCUCAUCGUUCCGAAAAGGGUUCAUCGAACAAUCAAUUACAUUACUGUCAUUAUCUUGCAUGUCAUUUAUUUAGUUCUUCUUUGUGUCACUUAUUACAUCUUCAACCUUACUUUGGGACUCGAUUCUUAUAUCAUUUGCAUUGAUUAUUUGUUGGCGAAUAUUCCUUAUCUGGCAUCAAUGAUAUCAUUUUAUUUAACUACAAACGGAAUAUCGCGACGAUUUCAUCAAGUGAAUUGCAUUUUAUUGCAACUAAGUCCAAACGACAUUCCCAAAGAUACUUUUGAAGUUUGUUCUCGAUCAUCAAAAAAUGAUCGUCACAUGCCGACGAUUGAGUUAAAUGAAAUUUACUCAAUUUAUGGAAAUCAUUUGAGGAAAGGUUCUCCAAUGUCUCCACCAAUAAAACCUUUAAGAGACAAGAAUGAGAUUUCGAGGGAAAUCAAAAAGUUGACAACAAAACUUGAGAAUCGCGAGGAAAAUCUUUGGACAAAAAUUCAUCGUCGGCGUGUCAUUGAAAUUGAAGAAUAUAAAAUGGUGAAAUUAAUUAACCCUGACGAUAUCAUUGAACAUUUGACCAAACUUUUGGAUAUUCAUGCUGUCCUAUUAGACUGCAUUGGGUUGCAAAAUCAAAUCAUUUCACUUCAAAUUCUUUUAAUUGUUGCAGAGAUUUUCAUUUUCGAAGUUUAUGCUAUGUUUUCGAUUUACCGUACAUUCAACAACACUGCAAUAAGAUCGAUACCUUUGGCAUAUGGAAAUGUUUUCUGGGUUAUUUUUUACUCUAUUAUGUUGUAUUUGAUCAUGUCAAUAGCAACGGAUUGCGUAAAGCAGGGAAAGAACAUGGGAACUUGCAUUCAUAAAGUCAUAAAUAAGAUCGGAAGUCACGCACACCCAAAAGUCAUUGAAAAGCUUUCAACAAUGUCACAUCAAAUAACUAUGAGAUCGCCUGAUUUCAAUUGUGGAUUGUUUUCAUUUGAUUGGGAAUUGAUAUUCUCCAUCAUAUCAGCGACAACGAUUUAUCUCGUUUUCUUGCUGCAAUUUGAUAUCGCGAAGAACGCAAAUGACGCUGAAAAGAUUUAA